AUGUCACUUACGCACGCCUUGGCUAUGCAGAACGACUGCACCACAGGAAACGGGGACGCGGAGGCCCUGGUCAUGAAGGAAGGUCACUUAUUUUGGGCUCUGGACAAAGACGCGGCUGUAGUGCAACGGACCUACGGCGUGCUGCUGCCACAAACACUGCUUCUUUACAACACCGAGGAAGAAUCCCAUGUUAAUCAGCAAAGCCCCGUAAAGUAUUUCGACCUUCAGCAAUGCCUGGCAAUUCAGCCAACCGACCAAUACCAGGAUUAUUUCGGAUUUAUCUUAUUGGUGGUUCCUGGUGGGGUCAGUCUUCUGGGCUGUUCCAGUGAAGAUGAACGGCAGACAUGGAUAGACGUCAUAAACCAAGCCAUUGACACGGAGAUCAGGUCACCAGCCUUGCUAAAACUAAUCGGUAUUCUUCAAGACGACACGCGGCAGCCGUACAGCAGUGAUUACAAUUCCGCACGAUCUCCAACCCCUCUGAUGAAUGUGCCGAAGACUUUGAACGGGGAGUCGUUCGUGUUUUCCUGCCCCCCUCUGUGUCUGGUCGAGUCCCCUGUGCUCGAGUCGUCGGCUGAACCGUCGCCGGACUUCGAAGAAAUCUGUGGAUGUCGCGGAGGUCCCUUAGAGGAGGCUUCCACGAUCCUCGAGCAAGUGAGGCCAAUGCUAUUCAACAGCGCAACAGAUGACCGUGGCACCGCACCUGACAAGGCAAAAGUAAACGGACCUGCCAAAGAUCCUCCUGAGAGGAAGAAUCCCUACAUUGAAGAAACUGAACAAAUGAUCCAUCAAGCACAAUCGCUCGGCAAAAUGCUCAUUUCUCAAGAAGCAGCAAAUUCAAUUUUGGAGGACAGUUGUGCGAAGUUAAGGGAGACACUGGCAGUCCUUUACGAUAAAUUGCGGCAAAGAGGUGUUUACCUGGAGCCAGCAUUUUCCCACGCCUCCGAGACAAUUGUUCACCCAAAUCCACAACGACGGUCUUCUUUGCAGGAUACUCCAGGUGCACUGACAUCCCUUUCCUUCGAUGAAGCUUCCAAUCCGAUUCCACGAGUCGCACGUCGCCAUUCGCGUCGGAAUCGCCGACCAAGUCAACCUCGUCCUCUAUCUAUGCAAGAGGAACAACGCCACCCAAAUGAACUGACACCAAGUCUCCUCAGCACAGCAGCUAGCUCCGAGCAGACCCUAAUUGGGCCCAUCUUUGACGCGGCAUCUGUUGAGACUCCAGUGGAUGUAGUCUGUUCCCAUUGUCUACAAACCGUCACUAUCGGGAUUCUGGAGAUAUCAAUGAAUCUUCUUACCUCUCGGACAGUCCCAAGCCCACAAACCAUUAAGAGGAUUCGAGCGUCAGCCAGCUGCCUCCUCUCCUAUCUAACUGGCCACAUUGCCGCAAUCCGUCGGAGGACGGGUCUCCCCGACGAAGUGGUUGUAACUGGGCUGGCAAAGUUAGUGCAGAGGGACUACGACGCAUCGCCGUUGGUUCAAGCUCUGAUUGAAAACUGUGCUAUAGAGGUGUGCAGUCAGAUACUGGAGGAGAUAGGUGGCAAGGACAAAGUUACUUUGACGGUCAUGGCUAAUGGGGUACCCUCCGACUGGUUAAAUGGUGUUCCUGAAAAAGAAGACUUGAAAUGGAUGCUUCCUGGCUACAUAGCAACCUGUUUUGUCCUCUACCGGCUAACUGAGUUGGGCGCGGGUAAAGUUGAGGACUACGAAAAGCUGCAUGAAAAACUGGUCAAUAGCAAGGUACCGGAUAAUAAAAUUGAAGCCAUGCUCGAAUCCUUGUCUAUAACACUUAUUGAGUCGUUAGGACAACUAAAGAAUAACGACUGUGGUCAAAGUGAAUCCCACCUGCAAAUGGGACUCGAAUUUGAGUCAAUAUUUCACGAACUACUGGCGUCGAAGUCUGGCGUAAGAUCAGUGGAUAUCCUGGGUUCAGAAGGUGCGCAUUCGCGGAGCAUCGAUGCUAACAGGUUAUUUAGCAGCAAGGUAACAAGCCCCAGUGAUCCAUUGGCACUGGAUGAGUUGCGUUCUACUUUUACGCACGGAACUCCAACUGACAGCGCAUUCCAAAGUCAACUGACUUUCUCACCAAAUGAGAACCACACGUGUGACGAAGUGGAGAGCCUAUCAGAACAAAUUCGUCAGCUGACGCCUGACGAGAGGCUGCAAAACCACGACGGGAAUGAGGCUCUGGAAGGGCUUAACGUCGACGCCAACGACUAUAUCCGUGUAGUUGCUGCCCUCCGGAGGGAGUUCGAAGAAGACAAACGAAGAUUACUGGAGGACGUCAAGCAGAACUGGUUCCAUCGUGACUACUACGAUGCCUUUGCUGUUGAAUCUGACCACACAGUUUUGUUGGAUCAGGUUGAGAAUGCCAUAAACGUCUUUUCCGAAUUCGUCAACACCGCUGUGGACAAUCAGGAAGGUCUCCAUGCGGAUUCAUUCAACGAACUUUCAGGACGAAUUCCAGAGGCCCUCGGUGGCCUUGCUGCAGCUGCAAACGAUCUUCGUGCGCGUCUUUAUUGGGAUCCUAAUGUAACGGAGGAUUACGAGGGUGAAGCACGCAGAAUAAAAACCAACCCCUCCCCACUGGGCUUCACAAUUAGUCUCGGAGAGAAGGAAGAUCCUGACGAAAUAAGUGAGAGUGAAAUAUGA